AGACGAGACUGGCAGGGUAGGGGUCCCAGGAGCCCGGCCGGCCCCGCCCGCAGCUUCCCGGCGGGAACCGGGCACUCCCGGUCCCGGUGAGCCGCCGCCGGGCCCAGGACUGGGAUGCCGCUCCGGAAACACUGGGCACGGGGACAGUCCGUCCUUCUCGGGAAGGUGGACGUGACCCCCAGCCAAGGGCGCAGCUGCCUGCACGCCUCCCGGGGCCCCCCUCCCAGGUCUCCAGGCGGGGAGAGGCGCGCAGCGGGAGUGGGACCUCCCUGCACCCCAGGCCGCCCCUGCAGGCACGGGGCUCCAGGACGCAUCCGGCGUCAGUGCUUGUGGCCCAGGCCUAGUUGCCCUGUGGCAUGUGGCAUCUUCCGGGACCUGGGAUCGAAACCUUAUCCCCUGAACUCUUAAGGUGGAUUCCCAACCACUGGACCACCAGGAAGAAGAAAAAAUGUCUCAAAAGCAGAUGAAGGAAGCUUUUGUCAGUAACCAGAAUGGAACGAGCGUGCUGGAGAUCACCGAGGGCUUGUGCCUGCCUGCACUCUGCAUCCUGUGUAGAGGGCUCCUGAUCAUUCUCUCACAGCAUUUAUAUUCUUCUUCACAUAACUCGAGGACUCGAUUCUUGGUUGACUUUGCUUUCCUGAUAGUUCCCCUGGUCACCACUUUGACCAUUUUCUCUUCAUUUGUCCUCCUCGAGUAUCUUGUUGCAAUCAUCCUUGGGGCAGGGCUGCUCUAUGAAAUAUACUGCAGAAGAACUUGCUAUGCCAGAAUGCCUUUCCAGAAAAUCUGUGAAAAAUUCUUGAAAGUCAGUCUAGAAUCAGAACACAUUCCAGCCAUCUCCUGUUUCCGUGUCGUUAACAGUGCCUUUACUGCUGUUGCCAUUUUGGCUGUGGACUUCCCACUAUUUCCCAGAAGAUAUGCCAAAACCGAGCUCUACGGGACAGGAGCAAUGGAUUAUGGAGUAGGGGGCUUUAUUUUUGGGUCUGCAAUGGUUUCUCCAGAGGUUAGGAGAAAAUAUACAAAAGGCUCCAGAUUUUGUUAUCUUACAAAGUCACUGUACUCUCUUUGGCCAUUAGUUUUCCUAGGAAUGGGGCGAUUAGUUGCUAUAAAAUCCAUAGACUAUCAGGAACAUUUAACUGAAUAUGGUGUUCACUGGAACUUUUUCUUUACCUUAAUAGCUGUGAGAUUGAUAACAUCACUGCUUUUGAUUAUUUUUCCCCUAAAUAGGUCCUGGAUUGUAGCCAUCAGCAUUACUGCAUUAUACCAGCUAGCCCUUGAUUUCACCCCCCUGAAAAGUUUAAUUUUGUAUGGCACUGAUGGUAGUGGCACAAGGGUUGGCUUAUUAAAUGCCAACCGAGAAGGAAUCAUCUCUGUCUUGGGGUACGUGGCAGUACACAUGGCUGGUGUUCAAACAGGGUUAUAUGUGCUUAAAAAAAGGUCACAUAUCAAAGACUGGAUAAAAGUAGCAUACUGUAUUCUAUUGACAGCUAUUGGCCUCUUCAUUUCUCUUUCCAUAGUUCAGGUAAAUGUAGAAGUAGUAUCUCGAAGAAUGGCCAAUUUAGCUUUUUGUAUUUGGAUAGUUGCUUCUUGCCUGAUCCUUCUUAGUAGUUUAUUACUGGGUGAUAUAAUUUUGAGUUUUGCCAAAUUUGUAAUUAAAGAGGCAGCAGUACCAUGUUCUUGGAAACUUAUCCAGUCACCCACUGCAAAUAAAAAGCAUUUGGAAUCCACAGUCUCCGAAGCCAAAAGAAAGGAACCCACUCUCUGUUUAAUCACAGCAAUGAACAGAAACCAGUUACUUUUUUUCUUGCUGUCAAAUGUAACAACUGGUCUAGUCAACCUUUCCAUAGAUACAUUACACAGUAGUACCCCUUGGGCCUUGUGCCUGCUCAAUCUCUACAUGUUUACCAACUGCUUAAUUAUAUAUGUGCUACACUUGCAAGACAAGACAAUAAAAUUUUGGUGAUCAAUAGGGGUACUAUAUGUUUUGAGCAAUAUUAUGUUAAUGAGGAAGAAUAAAUAUAAAGUGUGAAGAAAAUGGGCAUCUGUCAAUCCAGGGUUAAAGUUUCAUUCCUGCUUUAACAGUAGUGAUGCUUAAUAUUUUAAAUAUAUGUCAACACUAUGUAAAACAAAUCAAUGUAGAAGAAACAAAGCCUUAUGACUUGUUAGAAUACUUAGAAAUUUUAGUUAUUUUAAAGAAGCUGUUGUGUUUACAGUUGUGACACUGGAAGAUUGGAGGGUGGGAAGGAGGAUUUUUUACAUUAUAUCUUUUUUUGGGGGGGUUGAGAAGCAUGAAGGAUCUUAGUUCCUCCACCAGGGAUUACCUUUGUCCCCUGCAGUGGAAGUGGGGAGUCUUAACCACUGGACUGCCAGGAAAGCCCCUUUUACUGUCUUGUAUCACCUAUUACCAUUCUGUAUUUUCUAUUGUAUGUAUUUUAUAAUAUUUACAUUAAAAUAUCUCAGUUGUGGAACUGUCAA